CAUCAAAGUCUGGAGGCAGAGUAUGAAAGCAUACAGCCAUUUUCCUGUCCACGGGCCUCCAAAUCCCUUCCAUGGUUAACUGAAGAUCGUGCCAAGGACUUUAAUCUUAAGCUUCCUGAUUUCGAUGAUCUGUCAGACUUAAGUGACCUAGUUUCAUCUCUUGAAUAUUUACCAUAUUACAGAACAUGUGAGGAGAUCUUUAUCACCCCAUUUGCUAUGCAUACAUCAAAAGAAGGAGCAGAUUUAGAAAAAAGAGAUGGCUUCGGUGGAUACAAAGUUAACAUUAUACAAGAUGAGACCUUAAAUGACUUGGUUAACUCCAUGGGAUAUUUUCCGUAUUACAGAACAUAUGAGGAACACUUUUGCAACCCGGUUCUAAGUGAUGUUUUCAAUGUUACUGCAGAAGAGAAAGAAAACCACACAGAAAGCCAGGGGAAACAAGGAGAAGGUUGUGCAGUUAUCUUUAGAUGCACUGAUAGGAGCCUCCUGCAAAGUUGUGAGACAAAGACGGCAACCAUCCCUUCCAUGAUGGCAACCAUCCCUUCCGUGACGACAACCAUCCCUUCCGUGGCCAGUGUCGAGACCUUUGACCCUCCUCUAGUAACUGAUGGCAUCUCUGAAAACUGUGCAUCUGAGAUCACGUUCCUCAAUGGAUUGUCAAUUCUGAAUCCACCUUUUUCUUCCACUGGAUACUUCCCAUAUUACAGAUCAGAGGAGGAGCAACUUAUCAGCCCAUCGCCCUGGGAUGGAUCCUCUACUGCAAGAGAAGCUCUGGAAGAUGUUAGCGCUCAAUCAACAGGAAGAAGAACCAGUUGGGAUUUCCGGAUGCGCUGUGCACUGAGCUGAGAACGACUGCUAAUUGUCUACCAUUGUCUACAGGAGAAAGGGAACGUGUUGAGGGCAGCAGUUCAAGGAAGGCACUUUAAAAUCCUAUAAUGAUGAUUACUGGCUCAGCAAAAAACAAGACUUACGCAAAAUCAAUGCUAAUACUGAGCACUGGACAAGAAGCUACUCACUUUAAAGAUCUGCCAAAGAGGCAGAGAUAAAUUGUAUGCCUGAAUGUUGAGGGACCAGUGGAACUUGAUGUAGAGCUAGGACAUAGAGAAGGAAGAGGAGGAAGAUCAAAGCUAUGCUUCCUCUGAUGUGAAUCCCAAAGAACAGAACAACUCAGAACCUCAGACUGCUGAGAGGUCAGGAUUUGGGCAUGCUUUGAAUUUACAAGCUGUCAACCAGUCAGCCAGAGCAUUAUUUCCAGUCUUACUAGUGAAGACGGAGUUCUCAGCCUUGUUUAAGGAUUCAGUUCCUGAAAACCAGAUUUGCGAAGGUAUGAAUAAGGGGGAAGGAAGAACUCAGCACCAAGGGAGGCGGAAGACAGUAGAACCUGCCAGUGGGUGCAGAAGAACAAGCAUUUAUGAAAGAAUUAAGUUAAAUCCACCCAAAUGGCCACUUGGGUUUUUUGUAAUUGCAUAGUAGUAUACAUGGAAAAUAUUAUUUCAUCUCCUCCCCUUGCAUUGUGACCGGGGCUUUAGCUGUUUCCUAUAACCUAUAAAAGACAGACUUUUAUCAAUAUGAGCUUUCUUCUUUUUAAACACAGUCGAUAUCCAGCAUGUUGCAGACAGAACUUGCUUUUCAGACAGGAUGAUGUGGUCAACACUCAGCCAGUCCGUUUGAGGUGUGGCAUGAGCAGUGGUCAGGGGAAAAGGAAGAACCAUGGAACUAUUCGAGCAGUGAAAAAGAAAGAAUAAUGUGAACCCUUCAACAUUUCAGUAGCAACAUUGGUAGAAAUGGCUGGAGAAUAGACUUCUUCUCUCUACAGCUACAAGCCUUUCUUGUACAAGCAGCCUCUGUUAUGCUUUGUUCUCUUUUG